AACGUCUAGUGUUGGAGAGACAGUUGCAAGCAUGCCCAGUAUCGUUACGCCACCUCAGAAAUCUAAGUUAGCAGUUCCUGCAGUUGUCAUCCGUACUGCUGUAGAGUGUGAUGAGGCAGAGAAAUCUUCCCCUGUGGACAAGAACAACAAACCUAAACGCGCCGCAACACCGAAACCAGACCGGAAACCCAAAUCCACUGCCUCUAAACUGACUGCGUCACAAAAGGAAAAAGAGGCACUUGAACUUUGUGCUCCAGAAGAAAUUAUAGCUGAAUGUGGUGAGACUCUGAAGCAAGACAGGAAACUAAAACCCGCUUCUCCGAAAAACAAUAGCACAGCUUCAAUAGUUUCUGAUUCUAAUCUAGUAUCAUCUUCAAAAGCUAAGAAAUCAACUAGGAAGGAGGAUCAAUAUGAGAACAAGGCGGAAGAGAGUGCAACGGUUAGUACCCGAGAACUGAAAAUAGGAACAGAGAUGAUGGCCAAGGUGCAACAGGUUCGACCCCUUGGAUUGGUUCUUGAUUUAGGUGGUGGAAUCCGCGGUAUGUACAAAUUCGAGGAUAAUGAAGAAACAGAGUUUGAAGAGGGAGACACAUUGCAAGUAAAAUGUACAAGUUUUACAACAAAAGGAAUCCCUGAGAUGGUUUUGGUUGAUGAAGAGGAAGACUAGUGGGAUUGAAUCAAGAGAUGAUCUUUAGCUGAUUUUGGUGAGCAAGGUAGAUAGAUUCAUUGGCGUCACAAAGGAGUUUUCCUCGAGGGAAAACUAAUGCAAUCAGUAGCGAUAACCGGGUAGACCAAAGAGAAAUUCAACCCGACCGGUGAAUUUGGCGUGUUGUUUUGUUUCUCUUUUAUUGGGGGGUGUUUUAUGGAACCGAUGUGGCGGGUCUGUUUAGUGUAAUACUCUUAGUAACUGAUCGUAUUAAGAUUUUCGAAAGGUGCGUAACGUAAGUUUCAUCGCUUUUA